AUGACCAGAGUGGCUCUCAUCACUGGUGGUACCAGUGGAAUCGGUUUCGCGGUCGCGCAGGCUUUGAGCAAGACUGGCCUCUGGCAGGUCAACAUACUUGGCAGUAACCAGGAGAAAGGCACAGAAGCAGCUGCUUCCCUCCCUGGUACUACCUUCUAUCAAGCCGACGUGCGGAACUAUGACAACCUGGCCACCGUGUUUGAUCAAAUCUUCAAUGGCGGUCGGCGCUUGGACUUUGUCUUUGUAAACGCCGGCAUAACGGGUUACACUGACUAUUAUGCUGAAGAACCCGAUACGGGGAUCCCGCCCAAGCCAGAUCUUUCGAUUGUCGAUGUCAAUAUGAGCGGGGCUCUGUAUACCAGCUAUCUGGCAAUGCACUAUUUCCGUCGCUCCCCGGAGUCAACCAAAGGGGACAGACAUAUGAUAUUCACGUCGAGUAUAGGUGGAUUAUACCCUUGCGCGUUGGGUCCAAUCUACUCCAGCACCAAGCACGCACUUAUUGGAUGGGUUCGCUCGACCGGUCCACGGCUUUGGACCGAAGGCAUUAGGGUCAACGCUAUUUGCCCGGGGGUUGUGGAGACACCAAUCAUCGACAAUCCGGCAUUUGAAUCAUUGUUUCCCCGCGAGAUGUGGAUUGACAUCCAGCUUGUUACUGGGACUGUGCUGAACCUUCUCUCCGGUACUGAGAUGGUGGACGGUAAAGGAACGCUUGUGAAGGGCGACGAAAUGCAUUCUCGGGCUCUUCAUAUCUCCGGAAAAACAUUCUUCUUCAUCGAGAUGCCCGACUUUCAUGAUGAAGCAUCCCCGCUCACAUGGAAUGCUAUGAUGUACGGGUCCCUAAAUCUGUAG